GAGCCUGGCUGCUGCUGCUGCUGCUGCUGCUGCUGCAGAAGCUCUGGGGGAGCCGCAAGCUGUGGAGCAGCGCUGGCGGCCCCAGCCCCCCGGAGCAGCCGCGCCGCCCGCCUUGUUUGUGUGAUGAACGAGCCUGGCUCUUGGCCGUCCGCUGCCGGCUGACAGAGACCGCCUCGGGGGCCAGGCAGGCAGGCAGGCGACGAGGAGAGAGGCGCCGCCGCCGCGUGUGACCUUGGCCCAGGAGAGGCAAAUUGCACUGCAGAAGACUUGCCAGCAGACCAAACCAUUCAGACAUGGCACAAGGAAAUAAUUAUGGACAGAGCAGCAAUGGGGUGGCUGAUGAAUCCCCAAAUAUGUUGGUGUACAGAAAGAUGGAAGAUGUCAUAGCUCGUAUGCAAGAUGAGAAAAACGGGAUUCUCAUUCGUACAGUCAAAAGUUUUCUUUCCAAGAUUCCCAGUGUCUUCUCUGGUUCCGACAUUGUUCAGUGGUUAACAAAGAAUUUGUCUAUAGAAGACCCAGUGGAAGCUCUUCAUCUGGGAACAUUAAUGGCAGCCCAUGGUUAUUUCUUUCCUAUCUCAGACCAUGUUUUAACGCUGAAAGAUGAUGGCACCUUUUACCGGUUCCAAACACCCUAUUUUUGGCCAUCCAAUUGUUGGGAGCCGGAAAACACAGAUUAUGCGGUUUACCUCUGCAAGCGAACAAUGCAAAACAAAGCACGGCUUGAGCUAGCAGACUAUGAAGCAGAGAGCUUGGCCAGGUUACAGCGAGCAUUUGCACGGAAAUGGGAGUUUAUUUUUAUGCAAGCAGAAGCACAAGCAAAAGUGGACAAGAAAAGGGACAAGAUAGAGAGGAAAAUCCUCGAUAGCCAAGAGAGAGCAUUUUGGGAUGUACACCGGCCAGUGCCUGGAUGUGUAAAUACUACUGAAGUGGACAUUAAAAAGUCUUCUAGAAUGAAAAAUCCUCACAAAACAAGAAAAUCUGUUUACGGAUUACAGAAUGACAUUCGAAGUCACAGCCCUACACACACACCAGCGCCAGAAACUAAACCACCCACAGAAGAGGAAUUGCAACAAGAGAUAAAGUAUUGGCAAAUACAGCUAGAUAGACACCGGUUAAAAAUGUCAAAAGUUGCAGAAAGUUUAUUGGCUUAUACUGAGCAGUAUGUGGAAUACGACCCAUUUCUGACACCACCCGACCCAUCUAAUCCUUGGUUGUCGGAUGAUACUUCUUUCUGGGAAGCAGAAGCAAGUAAAGAGCCAAACCAGCAAAGAGUAAAGCGAUGGGGAUUUGGCAUGGAUGAAGCCCUGAAAGAUCCUGUGGGGAGAGAGCAGUUCCUCAAAUUCCUGGAGUCUGAAUUCAGCUCAGAGAAUUUAAGGUUCUGGUUAGCUGUAGAAGAUUUGAAGAAGAGACCGAUGAGGGAAGUCCCUGCCAGAGUGCAGGAAAUCUGGCAAGAAUUUCUUGCCCCCGGAGCACCGAGUGCCAUUAACGUAGAUUCAAAAAGUUAUGACAAAACCACACAGAAUGUAAAAGAACCAGGGCGGCAUACAUUUGGCGAUGCUCAGGAGCACAUUUACAAAUUGAUGAAAAGUGAUUCAUAUCCUCGUUUUCUACGAUCCAGUGCCUACCAGGAACUGCUACAGGCCAAGAAGAAGUUUGGAAACACAAUGGACCGUCGAACAUCUUUUGAGAAAUUCACACGCAGUGUGGGCAGAAACAUCCCAAUUUUCCCAUGCCAUAAAAACUGUACACCAACACUGAGGGCGAGCACUAACCUGUUAUGAAAAGAGGGGAAAUCGCUCACAUCAAAGAGAUUAACCAGUCUAGUGCAGUCCUACUAAAAGGAUCACCUUAUAGCAUGGAAGCAGACUCAAUCAUUAUACAUACUUUGUAGCUCACUAAUUGCCUGAAGACAGAGGACAGUAGAACAAGAUGUUGCAUGAGCAAAGGACAUGACUCGUUUUCUUUUGUGUAUAUCAAGGCAUUACAGACUCCAAGGGACUCGCUAACCUUUCGAUGCCUCCAUUUUGAAAAACUCUCUGCUCACUUUCGCCUUCAUAUCAAGCUGGAUCUGUGUCUUUUUGUUUCCUGCAAGCUGAAGUACAGUGAAAAAAGCUUCUGUUAGGCAGAGUUUAUUCACAAUACUGUCAGUCGCAAACUGGAAGAAAUGUAAAAAAAAACCCCUAAAAAUAAAAAAUUGAAUAUAUUCAUAAAUAUACCUACUAUGACAUCACGGCUAUUGCACAAUAAAUUAGCACAGAAAGUUCCAUCUCACCGAUGUAGUCACAUCGAGAAAGAAAGUCUGUGUCUUUGUCUGUUGUCUGUAUAUUCUAUGUUAAUGUUUCUUGCAUUUAUUUUUAUACCAUAUUUUAAGACAAAAAGAACACAUUUUACUCCAAAUGUAUUAAAGCUGAUCCUUUCUCUGUAAAUUUGUGUAUGUUUAUAUUGUUGUUUUAUCUUUCAUUAAAAUAUGCAGAAUCUCU